CUGAGCCCAACUGCUUCACUCUCAUUCAUGUUGGCUGCUGCUCUCCUGUGCGCAGGAAGCUGCCGAGCUGAGUUUAUGGACCGGAGCUGAUUCUGCUGCCGCCUGACAUCUCGGCCGGGAAUUUAAAGGACUGCACCUCUGUUGCUCCCAUGACAUCUUUCAUGAGUUUUUCUGAAGGCAGAAAAUACAGUUAAGGACUGUUUGAACCAGGCUGGAGGCGGUCGAAGUGGAAGAACAAGCCAUGAAGUUGUAAAAACAAGAGCCACGAAAGGAGAAGAACGGGCCACCUCCAGUCCCAUAGCCGAAACACCUGAAAGCGGCACGACGAGACUCGAAUGACAGUCAUGCGCUCACCUCUCAUCUUCCUCCUGCUCCUCCCCCUGUCCAUGACCUCCUCCUCCUCUUCGCCCUUAUCCCAUCUCCAGUCUUUCUCCCCACCAGAAGGGGGGCUUACGCAUUUGGUGGUCCAUAACAAAUCAGGCGAGAUUUACCUGGGCGCUGUCAACUGGAUCUACAAGCUGUCGAGCAACCUCACCAAGCUACGUAGCCACGUGACCGGCCCUGUGACGGACAAUCCUCGCUGUUACCCUCCGCCGGGUGUCCAGUCGUGCCCUCAUGAGCUCGUGCAGACUCCCAAUAUCAAUAAACUUCUGUUGCUUGAUGAUGCCCACAACCGCUUAAUUGCCUGUGGGAGUACUUCCCAGGGAAUUUGCCAGUUCCUCCGUCUGGAUGAUUUGUUCAAACUUGGCGAGCCCCACCACCGUAAGGAGCAUUAUCUAUCCAGUGUUGCUGAGGCAAGCACCAUGUCGGGGGUAGUCAUCUCCCCAGAUGCUUUUGGCGGGGGUGGGAAACUUUUUGUUGGCACUCCCAUUGAUGGGAAGUCGGAGUACUUUCCAACACUGUCCAGCCGCAAGUUAAUGUCCAACGAGGAGAAUGCGGACAUGUUCAGCUUUGUCUACCAGGAUGAGUUUGUGUCGUCCCAAUUGAAGAUUCCAUCGGACACGCUCUCCAAAUUCCCGGCAUUUGACAUCUACUACAUCUACGGCUUCAACAGCGAGCAGUUUGUCUAUUAUCUCACUUUACAGCUCGACACAAAACUCACUUCGCCCGAUGCCGGCAGCGAGCAGUUUUUUACCUCAAAGAUUGUACGGCUUUGCGUGGACGAUCCCAAGUUCUACUCCUACAUUGAGUUCCCUAUCGGCUGCACCAAGGAUGGAGUGGAGUAUCGCUUGAUCCAGGAUGCUUAUUUGGCUCGACCGGGGUCCCGUUUGGCUCAAUCGCUUGGUAUUCAAGAGCAAGAAGAGGUUCUUUUUGCUGUAUUUGCCCAGGGCCAAAAGAACAGAGCCAAGCCACCCAAGGAGACGGCUUUGUGUCUGUUCACAAUGAGACAGAUCAAGGAGAAGAUUAAAAUAAGGAUUCAGUCGUGCUACAGUGGAGUGGGGAUACUUUCCCUGCCCUGGCUGCUCAACAAGGAGCUGUCCUGCAUCAACUCGCCAUUGCAAAUUGAUGAUAAUUUCUGCGGCCAUGACUUCAACCAGCCCCUAGGGGGCACCACCACCAUCGAGGGCGUCCCGCUCUACGUGGAUAAGGACGAUGGCAUGACCUCAGUGGCGGCCUACGACUACCGUGGAAACACCGUGGCAUUCAUGGGCACUCGUGGCGGCCGUAUGAAAAAGAUCCUCGUCAACUCCGUUUCCCAGCCGGCUUUGCUGUACGAAAACGUCGUCGUGAGUGACGGCAGCCCCAUCCUGAAAGAUUUGCUCUUCAGCCCAGAUCACCAAUACUUGUACACUCUCACCGAUCAACAGGUUACACGGGUACCCGUGGAGAGCUGUGAGCAGUACGCUUCCUGUGGAGCUUGUCUGGGAUCGGGGGACCCUCACUGUGGCUGGUGUGUGCUACACAACGUAUGUUCGAGAAAGGAUCACUGCGAGCGGGCGGAGGAACCACAGCGUUUCACCACGAGAGUGGAUCAGUGUGUCCGACUCUCUGUCCAACCCGACACCAUCUCGGUCACCAUGUCCGAAGUGCAGUUGGUACUUCAGACCCAAAAUGUGCCCAGUCUGUCUGCCGGAGUAAACUGCUCUUUUGAAGACUACGUCGAAACAGAAGGACGCAUCUACGGUGGCCGGAUCUUCUGCUUGUCCCCCUCUACAAAGGAGGUGGCUCCCAUCACGCGCAACCAAGGUGACCGGCGUGUAAUAAAACUGUACCUGAGGUCAAAGGAGACAGGGAAGACGUUUGCCAGUGUGGACUUUAUCUUCUACAACUGCAGUGUCCACCGAUCGUGCCUGUCCUGUGUCGAUGGAAAGUUUCCCUGCCAUUGGUGCAAAUAUCGGCACAUAUGCACACAGGAUGCCAGCGACUGCUCCUUCCAGGAGGGACGCGUCAACGCCUCACAGGAGUGUCCUCAAAUCCUGCCCUCCACUCAGAUCUAUAUCCCUGCUGGAGUUAUGAGGCCAAUCACGCUCCUGGCACAGAACCUGCCUCAGCCACAGUCCGGACAAAGGAACUACGAGUGUAUUUUUCACAUUCAAGGCAACACGCUCAGUGUCCCAGCCCUGAGGUUCAACAGCACAAGCAUCCAGUGUCAGAAGAGCACAUAUGACUACGAGGGCGGUGACAUCAGUGACCUCCCAGUUGACCUUUCCGUGCUGUGGAAUGGAAACUUUGUCAUCGACAAUCCCUUCAACAUCCAAGCCCACCUGUAUAAGUGCAGAGCACUGCGGGAUAGCUGUGGCAUGUGUCUGAAGGCAGACCCCCGGUUCGAGUGCGGUUGGUGCGUCCAGGAAAAGAAGUGCUCUCUGAGACAGGAAUGUACGAUUGGCUUCAAUUCCCACCUCCCGCUGCAGUUGGUUGAUGGGGGAGGCUGGAUGCAUGCUGCAUCUGGGAACAGCCGAUGCACCCAUCCCAAGAUUACCAAGUUGUUUCCUGACACAGGACCCCGCCAAGGGGGGACCAGGGUGACAAUCCUUGGAGAAAACCUGGGUCUCCACUUCAGAGACAUCCAGAUGGGCGUAAGGUUAGGCAAGGUGCCCUGCAUCCCUAUCGAGACCGAGUACUUGAGCGCCGAGAGAAUAGUGUGUCUGCUGAAUGAUGCAACAGGAUACAGAGUACAAGAGGCUCAGGUCGAGGUGUGCGUGAGAAACUGCGUUAAUGACUACAGGGCCCUUUCUCCUAGGCCGUUCACGUUUGUGACACCAUUUUUCACCGGCAUCCAGCCUUCCCAGGGUCCGAUAUCUGGGGGUACCCGGGUCACAAUAGAAGGGAGCUACCUCAAUGCAGGCAGCUCUGUUUCUGUCAGCAUUGGACCUCAGCCCUGCCAUUUUAAAAAGAGGAAUGCCCAUGAGAUAGUGUGCAUAACGCCAGCUGGCCUGGCUCCAGGAAGCGCACCUGUCUUGGUGGACAUCGAUGACGCUGAGCUCAGAAACCCAGAGGUCAAGUUUAAUUAUACCGAAGACCCCACUGUGCUGAGGAUUGAACCUGACUGGAGCAUUGCCAGUGGUGGAACUGUCCUGACAGUGAGUGGGACCAACCUUGCAACAAUCCGGGAACCAAAGAUAAGGGCCAAGUAUGGGCAGGCAGAGUCUUUUCAUAACUGUACGGUGUACAACAACUCAGUCAUGGUCUGCCUCGCUCCAUCUGUGGCAGACUCUGAGCUGGGCUUUUCUGAAACCGGCACGGGUCCUGAUGAGAUUGGAUUUUACAUGGACAAUGUGAACUCCUUGGUGGUGGUCAAUGAGACUUUCAGCUACUAUCCCGACCCUGUGUUUGAACCGCUCAGCUCAUCGGGGAUAAUGGAGCUCAAACCAACAUCUCCACUGAUACUGAAGGGUCGCAACCUGAUCCCAGGUAACAGUCGUCUGAACUACACGGUCCUCAUCGGAGAAACUCCCUGCGUUCUAACCCUGUCUGAGAGUCAAUUACUGUGCGAGUGGCCCAACCUCACCGGACAACAUAAAGUCACGAUCCGAGCCGGCGGAUUUGAGUACUCCCCGGGUACCCUUCACAUCUACUCGGAUAGUUUGUUGACCCUGCCUGCCAUCAUCGGCAUCGGAGGUGGCGGUGGGAUGCUGUUAUUGGUAAUCGUCGCCGUGCUGAUAGCCUACAAGAGAAAGUCAAGAGACGCCGACCGCACCCUGAAACGUCUUCAGCUCCAGAUGGACAACUUGGAGUCCAGGGUGGCCCUGGAAUGUAAAGAAGCUUUUGCCGAACUCCAGACCGAUAUUCACGAGCUCACACAAGAACUGGAUGGCGCCGGAAUUCCCUUCUUGGACUAUCGGACAUACGCUAUGAGGGUGUUGUUCCCAGGCAUUGAGGACCACCCUGUGCUCAAGGAGAUGGAGGUACGGGUGCAGGCAAAUGUUGAAAAGGCCCUGACUUUAUUUGGCCAGCUGCUCACAAAGAAGCACUUCCUUUUGACAUUCAUAAGAACGCUGGAAGCACAGAGGUCGUUUUCAAUGCGGGACCGAGGGAAUGUGGCGUCCUUGAUCAUGACGGCCUUGCAGGGGGAAAUGGAGUAUGCGACGGGAGUCCUGAAGCAGCUUUUGUCCGACCUGAUUGACAGAAACUUGGAGAGUAAAAACCAUCCCAAGCUGCUUCUCAGGAGAACGGAGUCUGUUGCUGAGAAAAUGCUGACCAACUGGUUUACGUUCCUUUUGUAUAAGUUCCUCAAGGAGUGUGCGGGCGAGCCUCUUUUCAUGCUUCACUGUGCCAUCAAGCAACAGAUGGAGAAAGGGCCGAUAGACGCCAUCACGGGAGAGGCUCGUUAUUCUCUUAGCGAGGACAAGCUCAUCAGGCAACAGAUUGACUACAAAACGCUGACGUUGCACUGUGUGAACCCAGAGAACGAAAAUGCCUCGGAGGUGACCGUUAAGUGUCUCAACUGUGACACCGUCACUCAAGUCAAAGAGAAGCUGCUCGAUGCUGUCUACAAGGGCAGUCCCUACUCUCUCAGAACCAAGGCUUCCGAUAUGGACUUAGAAUGGCGCCAAGGUCGAAUUGCCCGAAUUAUUCUGCAGGAUGAAGACGUCACAACAAAAAUAGACAAUGACUGGAAAAGACUCAACACUCUGGCUCACUAUCAGGUUACAGAUGGCUCAGUGAUCGCACUGGUGCCAAAGCAGAACUCAGCCUAUAACAUCUCCAACUCAUCGACCUUCACCAAGAGCCUCAGCAGAUACGAGAGCAUGCUGAGAACAGCAAGUAGUCCAGACAGCCUUCGAUCCCGAACACCCAUGAUCACCCCUGACCUGGAGAGUGGAACUAAAUUGUGGCAUCUGGUGAAGAACCACGAUCAUUCGGACCAAAGGGAGGGCGACCGGGGCAGCAAGAUGGUGUCGGAGAUCUACCUGACCAGGCUCUUGGCUACAAAAGGCACGUUACAGAAGUUUGUGGAUGACCUUUUUGAGACCAUCUUCAGCACGGCCCACAGGGGCAGCGCCUUGCCGCUGGCUAUUAAAUACAUGUUUGACUUCCUGGAUGAACAGGCAGACAAACACUCCAUCACAGACUACGAUGUACGACACACCUGGAAGAGCAACUGCCUCCCUCUGCGAUUCUGGGUGAAUGUGAUCAAGAACCCGCAAUUUGUAUUUGACAUCCAAAAGAACAGCAUCACGGAUGCCUGUCUGUCUGUGGUGGCCCAGACCUUCAUGGACUCCUGUUCAACAUCCGAACACAAGCUGGGGAAAGACUCACCAUCCAACAAGCUCCUCUAUGCUAAAGACAUCCCCAACUACAAGAAUUGGGUAGAAAGGUAUUACUCCGAUAUCUCCCGUAUGCCAGCUAUCAGCGAUCAGGACAUGAGUGCCUACCUUGCAGAGCAGUCCCGCCUGCACCUCAGCCAGUUCAACAGCAUGUCAGCGCUACACGAGAUCUACUCUUACAUCAUCAAAUACAAAGACGAGAUCCUGUCAGCGUUACAGAAAGACGAGCAGUCGCGAAGACAGCGGCUACGCGGCAAGUUGGAGCAGGUCAUUGACACCAUGGCAUUAGCUAGCUGAGGGUUAAAGCGAGCACUCAGCUUGGAUCGCCGGGCAAGAAACUUUCCAGUAGAUACAUUUGCGCUCCCGGACAUGAGGAAUCCGAACAACAAAUGACAGGAAUUUAAAAGGUCAUGAAGAGACAGCGAAGGCUGGAAUUAAUCAAUUCCUAUUUUUUCUUUUUUUUUUUUUUUUUUUUUCACUGAGCUGCAAACCAAGCCUGGAACAACCAAAUUGAACAAAUUCUCGCAGAGGACAGUGAUUGACUUCUAUGGACGCAAUCAGGACCAUGACCGAGGUGCAAAUUCAACAGGCUUAAACCGUAAGACAAAAGAAACCAGGAUAUUUGAUCCCAAUUUGGGAUUUUCCUAUCCUGUUACCAUUUUCCGGUGGAAGGUCAAGCAGAACCGGUGUGACUCCUCGUCAGGGUGGACACAGAGGAGGAAGAACUUUUGCUGCGGGAAAACUCUUCUUCUGGCACUGAUUAAAAACUCCAAACCUAAGGAGUCGUUCUAGUCCAAACUGUUUUAUUUUUUACGUGUUAAAAACCCGCUUUUAGUCCAGUGUCGCAUUUCAUUCCAUCCCCACCAAACUGCCUCCUCUCCUUAGUGCUGUGCCACUCGUGUUUCUGCUGAAUUUGCACAACAAAGCUAAAUCAAAAGAGAGCAAAGGAUAUAUGAACACAUUUAUAACUGUCAACAUCAAUACAGACAUUGUUGUUUGAAUUGACAGAUGUUUUGAAUUUAAUGUACAAAUGAUAUGUUUGACAGGAUUUGAUAUUUCAAAGUAGAAAAUGUGAAAAAAAGAAACGAAGGCGAUUCACAUUGACGACGAUGUGAGAGAAAAAAAAAGUUACGUGCCAUGUUUUACUUUGAAUGUUGUUUCGUGCAAAGAGACUUCUUUUCUUUCGAUAAAAUGUGUUAUGAAAUGUUGUCAUGAUAGGCAUAUAAAAAUAGGUACAUGGAAAAAUAGAUAUAUAAAUUGCAGAAACUUUCUAUAUUUCAUGAAGUUUUCAUCCAAAAGCCACCGAUGGGAUUUUUUUUUUGAGCCAAUCAACUCAGAAGAAUCUAAUUUGGAUCCCGCAAAAGAGUCGAGCUCAAGCAGAAGGUCCCGACAUGCUUUUGAAAACAGAACACGCCAAACAGUGAGCCCAGUGUUCCAAGUUUACACAAUAAGAUGCCUCUGGUGCGAUGUAUGAUAUAGCUCAGAUAUAGAAAAGUGCUUUCAAUACAGCGGCAGCGGGAGAAGUUAGGAACUUCACACGUUUAUUCUCAUCCCACCAUUUCACCGCUUACACAGGCAUCUGUUUCCGCCGUCGCAAGUCAGAAUAUUGACGGAAUGGCUUGCAAUAGAAUGACAACGGCGAUAGGUGGUUCUAACUUGGCUUGAACAGGCUGUGUAAAAGGGGUGAUUUAUUUUGGUGAGAUUGUCCUCAUCGUGCGAAUGACUGGGAUUUGUGUCACAAUCCUUUAGGGGGAAUCCUGCUGGUGUUGGCCACGCCUUCGAAAGCUUCUGUGGUCCAUUUCAGUUCAGUUACUUCUAAGUAUGCCUUUUAUUGUGUUGUCAUGGGUGCUACACAAACCACCCCAGAAAAGCCAUGUUGGGGGGUGGGGUGGAUAUUGGAGGGGAGGGGGGUGGGGUUGGGUGAAGCUAUACGCGCUGCUGACUGCUGAUUGGCUGAUAGAAAACAACAGAAGAUUGUACUGAAACAAUGUACAGUGACAAUUGUUUGCUUGAUUUAACCUCUCACCUCGGUCACAGGAACUGGCCGGAAAUGAACCUUACAUGUUGGGGUCAGCUAAGCUGUCAGUAGCUGAAACAGUUGUUGCCUUCACCCCCACUUCCAAGCCCUGCAUUGGAAAUACAAGACUGAUCAAGGUUUUUCAGAGCUGAGCUGAACUGUACUGCUUAGUCGAAGCGUUACCGGCUGAGAGGCUUCUCCUCUCGUCUGUAACAUUUCACAGAGUUUGAUUGAAAAAAACAGAACUGUUUCGAUGGGCUGAAAAAGUUUGAGAACUCUGUAAUUGUUUUACUUCUAUUGCAAUCUGCAAUCAAAAGUUUAACAUUAAGACUCCAUUCUUAAAAAUGUGAAUGUGCUUUGUGCUUUCUAAAUUGUAUUUGAUUUUAUUUAUUUUUGUGAUUUUUUUUUUUUAAAAACAGACUGAAGGUUUUUUCUCUUGCUUUGUGUGGUUUCAUGAGGUUCAAAAAGAAAUUGGGUUUCCAUUUCCUGAGCAAGUAUCCGCUUGAGGCCUCUUCUCUGUAGAAUUUAGUGGGAUUUAAUUCGAAAAAUCAAGCAAGCGCUGUCAUGACUCGAAAACUGUUACUUUAAAUGAAUUGAAAACCCACGUUACUUAAAAUGCAGCUUUGAAUAUCAAACUCUCGUGAUUUUAGUGCAGCAUGUUUUCCAUGACACGCAUGUUGCUGAAAUUUGCCCUGUUCAAAUGUGAUGAACUUCUGUCCAACUAAAUUUUGCCGAGAACAUAUUGGCCUCGUUAUUUUUGGUGGGGAAAAAUGCUUGCAAAAAAAAAAAAAAAAAAAAACCAUAAAAGGGUAAUCGUUGAUGUAAAGUGGGCCAAUGUAAAUCCUGUGAUUGUUUUGCUAAAUAGAGCACAAGACUAGACUGCAUCAACAACCAUGUCUGAUGAAUUUUUGAAGUAAUGGAGAAAUCCUCCGAAUGUAUAACUUGAUCAAAGGCACAGUUCUUAAAAUGACUUUGAAGAAAAUGAGAAA